UACACCAGCCAGACAAAAUCAGAAUGACUUCAGGAAUGAUGCAAAAAACUCGCUUUUUACCAGAUAUUAACAGGAAAAAUAAUGUCAGAUCCAGUCACCAGUGGAAGAAAGAAAUGAAAGAGCCCAACCAGGGAUCUGCUGUGAGAGAGAAGAAACAAAGCAGCACUGUGACUGAGAAUGAUAUUGCACAGUUCCGGAACGGUCUGCACCAAAAUCUUUGUGUGUCCAUGUUGCAAGAGGGCUUUCAUCGCUCCUUUGAAGAACUGUUCUCAUUGCUAAAGCACUGGAGCACAAAUCGGUUAGCAGCAGGUCCAGACAGUUCGCUCUGGCUCCAACCUUCACUGGAGGAGCAACCUCACAAAUUGGAGAUGUUAAAAAAGCACUUAACCAGAGCUGAAGCUACACAACGAGCUGAUCAGUAUGAGGAGGUGAAUGAGAAUUAUUUAGCGCUGGCAAAAUUUUUCUCUGAGCCAGAAGACAGGUGGCUCCGACUUCAUUUCUACAAGCUAAGUCUUGUGGCUGCCUGCAAAGUCAAGCUGGACUCUGGCAGGAAGGAGGCAGAAGCCAAUGCAUAUCUAGGCCAGGUGUACCAAGAGCAAGGUGAUUUGGAACUAGCUCGGGAGCAUUUAGAAGUCUUUCACCACAUGGCGGUGGGGCGACCAUGGCAAGACAAGAGUGGACAAACACACCAAUCAAAAGCCUGUAAGAAGCUGUGUAGGGUUUACAUGCUGCUAGCACAGGGACACCUGCAGAGUAAAGAAUACAGACCUGCCAUUGAUAUGCUAAACAAAGCCUAUGAGCUGGCUAAAGAAGGUGGUGAUAAAAAGAUGGAGGCAGAAGCAGCAUAUACAGUUGGGCUGGCCUAUCAAAGUACAGGCGAUCGAAGAACUGCCAGACAGUUCCUCAACAUAUCAGUGGAGAUUUACACAACACUGGAAGACCCAGGCAGCCUUGGAAAAACCUACCAGGCUAUAGCUGAAUCUCUGGGAAGUGAGGGUAAAGUGAAUGAAAGUAUCCAGUAUCUGCAAAAGUAUGCUGAGAUAUCACAGAAAAGCGAUCAUCAUCAGAAUCUACAGGACGCUUGCAUGAGUCUUGGAUUUAUACACAUCUCCAACGGUCAGUACGACAGUGCCCAUAAGUGUUUCGACCAGGCCUAUGACAUGGCAGGCAGCCUAGACUCAGUGGCCCAGUUACAGAAGGCUCAGGUAUAUGUGGGAAUUGCCCGUGCUCAUGCCAUGCUCUCAGCGUAUACUACCCACAUUAAGAUGGACAAACCAGAAAACAUUCAUACACUUAUUCACUGGAAGGGGACACAAAAGUUUAAUAUGUCAUAACAUGAGGGUGGAGGACCCAGACUUUGAUGUUGGGCAUACAACAACUAGUCUUACCAGCUUCUGUUUCUUUGAUGCCGUGCUGUUGCUGGUUUCAAGACUGGUGCCAAAUGUGCCAAACUGUUCCACAUUCUCAUCUGGUUUUCGGCUAGCAAAGAAGAAACCUGUACUGAAACUGAAAUUUAUUUAGUCACCCUGGCAUCUAGAUGAGCAACUCACCUCAAUGUUUUUUUUUUGUUCCUUUUUUGUUUUUUUGAUGCAGCAGCAUUGUUAACGAUUUAUAUGCACAAUAAAAUUGCUUAUGCUUAAA